AUGGGUGUGUUAUUGCCAAAACAGCCGUGCAAUUCCUGGAAAAAUGUGGGAAUGGGCCCCAUUCCGCGGGAGGCUCAACAGCGGUUGAGCCACACUCCUUUCAAUGGAGCCGCUGCUUCUUCACUCGUAAAAGCUACAACAAUAGCAAAUGGUGCCACCAGGCCUCUUGAUGAACAUAUGGCGGAUGGGGAGGUGCCAAUAAAUAACGGGGUUUCCGUCACUUCUUGCGCAAUGACCCCAGAAAUGCAGGAUGACAUCGAUGUUAUUCCAGGCACUUUCGGAGUUGCUCCCUGCGCCCCCUCGCUAAGGCUCAAGAGUCUAGCUGUAAACUCCUCAAAUUGUAAAAGCUACAUGCAUCGUCAUGAAGCGGUGAAAAGCCGCAACAAUAACGAUAGGGAUGGUGGCAGCGAAGGUUUUGGCAGGUAUUCUUCCGGCCCCCAUUUUCUGCCCCAGGAGGAACACUGGAAAAAAUGUGAAAAGAAAGUAAGUAAAUGUAGUUCAGGUAGUGAUUUUAUUGUUAAGCGAAUUCCUUCUCGCUUUAUGUCAACAGUCAUGGCGUUCGCACCGAUGCCUGAACGUGAUUUUAAAAGCAGUAGCACCGAUACUGAAGGUGGCGGUGGUGGACAAAAGGAAAUACGUGAGAAGGUAAUUGGUGGGGGCCAACGCAAAAAAUUAUCUGUGCGAGGGAGUGCGGAUUCUAUUUUAAUGGCAGCUUCAUUAGAUGGGGACACAAAGAGUAGAGUCCAUCAUAGGCUCUCAACACUGCAACUUUACCGGAGCGCGAGGGCGAAUACUCAGAGAAAAUGUGGGUUCAUUGAGCAAUGGCUUACUGAGGUUGAGAAACACAGGAGGGAGCGGUUGCGUCGGGUGCGAUAG